GACCACACCAUUGGAGAGGCGAAGCAAACAAAGGUCUCGAUCCGACUGCAAAUAUGGGCGGGAGUGAAAAAGUAGUAGCAGUGGAAUGUAGUUCGAGUUUAUGGCUAGCAUCAAAUCCAAGCAAGAGAUGGGGGGAAUUGUUCUUCCUUCUCUACACACCCUUUUGGCUCACUCUUUGCCUCGGUAUUGUCGUUCCUUACAAGCUCUACGAGGAUUUCAAGGAGUUGGAGUACUUGCUUCUAGGACUCAUAUCCGUGCUUCCAGCUUUUCUUUUACCAAUUUUUAUGGUCGGAAAGGCUGAUCGUAACCUCCAUUGGAAGGAUCGAUAUUGGGUGAAGGCAAGUUUAUGGAUAAUUAUCUUUAGCUAUGUCGGGAAUUACUUUUGGACCCAUUAUUUUUUCACAGUGCUCGGUGCUUCAUACACCUUCCCAUCAUGGAAGAUGAACAAUGUGCCCCACACAACCUUCCUGUUGACAAACGUCUGCUUCUUGUUUUACCAUGUUACGUCAAAUAUGACACUUCGUAGACUACAGCAUUCUGUUGCUCACUUGCCGGUGAAAACACAGUGGAUUAUCAAGUCUGCAUGGAUCCUAGCUCUUUCGUACUUUAUUGCAUAUCUGGAGACCGUGGCCAUUUCAAACUUCCCUUAUUAUACAUUUGUGGACCGAACGUCUAUGUACAGAGUUGGUUCCUUGUUUUACGCCCUCUACUUUCUCGUUAGCUUCCCAAUGUUUCUAAGGAUCGAUGAGAAAGUGGGAGAUCCAUGGGACUUGCCAAGAGUAGCCAUCGAUGCUUUGGGGGCGGCUAUGCUUGUGACUAUAAUACUCGAUUUGUGGCGCCUUUUCUUGGGUCCUAUUGUUUCUGUGGCGGACACCAAACAAUGUGCUCAACCUGGCCUGCCGUGGUUCCCAGUACACACCGAGCUCUAAUUUAACAUGUUAUUUGUACUUUAGAUGCAUUGUAUGGAUCCGAUUAUUCAGAUGUUAACUGAUGUUUCACAAUCUUCGUAUAAUAAAUUAAGGUGGCGUUUGGUUCG